CAAAGAUGUAAAAAAAUUGUGUUUUUUUUUGUUUCUCACAAACGUAGAUAGUAGAUACAGAAAGGAUUAAUUUAAUUAAUGUAUACGAAUCAAUGGCCCUAUUUCCGUAAAUUUCUCGAACCCUGUGUACCGUUUCGAGUUUCGUUUUAAAUCAUGAGAAGUGAUCAGAUCAGCUGACGAUAUGAAUCGAAGACCUUUGUAUUCAACUUCGAGCGAUAUUCUAUCCAUCACCACUAACAAUGAUCCACUACGAGAACUCUUCGAAGCCUGCAAAUCUGGAGAUCUAGUUAAAGUAAAAAAAUUGGUAACAUCUCAGACAGUGAAUGCUCGAGAUACUGCAGGAAGGAAAUCCACUCCUUUGCAUUUUGCAGCAGGUUAUGGGAGAAGAGACGUUGUUGAAUUCCUUUUAUCAGCUGGAGCUCAAAUUCAAGCUCGCGACGAUGGUGGUCUUCACCCUAUUCAUAAUGCUUGUUCGUUCGGACAUGCUGAUGUUGUAAGACUACUGCUGGAAGCUGGAGCUAAUCCUAAUGUUCGUGAUAACUGGAACUUCACACCUCUGCACGAAGCUGCGUUGAAAGGCAAAGCUGAAGUCUGUAUAGCUUUAUUGCAACAUGGGGCCGAUAUAAAUAUUCGUACCACCGAAGGAAAAACUGCGCUAGAUCUUGCCGAAGCUGGUACUAGAGCCGUACUUAGUGGAGAGUAUCGUAAAGAAGAAGUAUUGGAAGCUGCCAGAUCCGGAGCCGAGGAUAAAUUAACAGCUUUACUCAAUCCGUUGAAUGUAAACUGUCAUGCGAGUGAUGGUCGUAGAUCAACUCCUUUGCAUUUAGCUGCUGGUUACAAUCGUAUUCGAGUAGUACAAUUAUUAUUACAACAUGGAGCCGAUGUCCAUGCUAAAGAUAAAGGAGGAUUAGUACCUUUACACAACGCUUGCUCCUACGGUCAUUUUGAAGUGACUGAAAUGUUGAUUAAACACGGAGCCAAUGUAAAUGCCAUGGAUUUAUGGCAAUUUACUCCUCUUCACGAAGCUGCUUCUAAAUCGCGAGUAGAAGUUUGUUCUUUACUAUUGAGCGAAGGAGCUGAUCCUACUUUACUAAACUGUCAUUCCAAAUCUGCUAUCGAUGUAGCACCUACGAGAGAACUGCAAGAAAAAUUAUCUCUCGAAUAUAAAGGUCACUGCCUUCUUGACGCCUGCAGAAUAGCUGAUCCAGCCAGAGUUAAGAAAUACAUUUCUUCUGACGUAGUCAACUUCAAACAUCCGUACACUGGUAACACUCCUUUGCAUGUAGUUGCAGCAUCACCGUAUCCUAAACGAAAACAAGUAUUGGAAAUUUUAGUUCGAAAAGGCGCUCAUUUAAACGAAAAGAACAAAGAAUUUUUAACUCCUUUGCAUAUCGCUUGCGAUAUGUCUCAUUAUGAUCUCAUGGAUUCUUUACUUCGAAUGGGAGCCAAAGUUAACGCAUUAGAUGCAUUUGGGCAAACUGCUUUACACAGAUGUGCUCGUGACGACAAUGCUCAAGCUUGUCAUAUACUUUUAACUUAUAAUGUAGAUACAUCCAUUAUAUCUAUACAAGGUUUUACUGCUAUGCAAUUAGCAAGUGAUAAUAUUAAAUCGAUUUUACAAGCACCUCCUGCCGUUAUUGAUUUAGAAACUCAGUUAUUAGAAGCCUCAAAAUCUGGUGACUGUGAUCAGGUUAAAAGACUGUUAACCACUUAUCCUCAUAUUGUAAAUUGCCGAGAUCUCGAUGGAAGGCAUUCAACUCCAUUGCAUUUCGCAGCCGGUUAUAAUCGUGUUGCUGUAGUCGAAUACCUUUUAUCUAAAGGAGCAGAUGUUCAUGCCAAAGAUAAAGGGGGAUUGGUUCCGUUACACAAUGCUUGUUCUUACGGACACUACGAAGUUACUGAAAUGCUUGUAAAACACGGAGCCAACGUGAAUGUAGCUGAUUUAUGGAAAUUUACUCCCUUACACGAAGCCGCUGCCAAAGGCAAAUAUGACAUAGUGAAAUUACUCUUACAACACGGAGCCGAUCCCAGUAAAAAGAAUCGUGACGGAGCUACUCCUUUAGAUUUAGUUAAAGAAGGCGAUCAAGAUGUGGCUGAUUUGUUACGAGGUAACGCUGCACUUCUGGAUGCUGCUAAGAAAGGAAAUCUCGCUCGUUUACAACGAUUGCUAACAGCUGAAAACAUGAACUGUAGAGAUUUACAAGGACGUAAUUCAACGCCGUUGCAUUUAGCUGCCGGGUAUAAUAAUCUGGACGUCGCAGAGUACUUAUUGGAGAACGGUGCCGAUGUUAAUGCUCAAGAUAAAGGAGGCCUGAUACCUUUACAUAAUGCAUCUUCGUACGGGCACUUGGAUAUUGCAGCCUUACUCAUAAAAUACAAUACAGCCGUUAAUGCCACCGAUAAGUGGGGAUUUACUCCGUUACACGAGGCUGCUCAAAAAGGUCGAACCCAAUUGAGCGCUUUAUUGUUGGCUCAUGGAGCGGAUCCGUUUAUGAGAAAUCAAGAAAAUCAAACUCCUCUAGAUCUCGCCACCGCUGACGACGUACGUUCGUUAUUACAAGACGCUAUGGCCUCGCACGACGAAGCCCCUGUAGUACAAAUACCUACGGUCGUUUUGCAACAAAACGAAACCGUUGUUAUGCCUUCGGGUGCAUCUGUAUCGUUACCUGUUCCAUCGUUUCGUGGCGAUGGUUGUUCAGCUCCUGCCUGUAAUAGUGAAAAUGUUCCUCAAAGUACUCCAUGCGUUGCUACCAUUCCUGCCUUUUUAAAUAGCUUAGGUUUAGAUCAUUUAUUGGAUUUAUUCGAAAGAGAACAAAUUACUUUAGAUAUAUUGGCCGAAAUGGGUCACGAAGAUUUGAAACAAAUUGGUAUCAGUGCCUAUGGUUAUCGACAUAAACUCAUCAAAGGCAUUGAAAAACUUAUCUCUCAAACUGGAAGUUCCUCUUUUGGUCCUAAUGCGGGUACAUUAUUGAUCGAUUUAUUACGAGAUAAUAAAGAAUUUAUGACCGUCGAAGCCGAACUUCAAUCUACCAUAAGAGAACAUCGCGAUAAUGGCCAAUCUGGCGGUAUUUUUAGUUGUUAUAAUGUGAUCAGAAUACAAAAAGUACAAAAUAAAAAAUUAUGGGAUCGAUAUUGCCAUCGACGUGCCGAGGUGGCCGAAGAAAACACCAAUCAACCCAACGAACGAAUGUUGUUCCACGGAUCGCCAUUUAUCAACGCAAUCGUCCAAAAAGGUUUCGAUGAACGACACGCUUACAUUGGUGGAAUGUUCGGGGCUGGUAUUUAUUUCGCGGAACAUUCGUCCAAGAGUAACCAAUACGUGUACGGUAUCGGAGGCGGUACUGGAUGUCCCACGCAUAAAGAUAGAUCGUGUUAUUUAUGCCACAGGCAUUUAUUGCUUUGUCGAGUCACGUUAGGAAAAUCAUUCUUACAGUUUAACGCCAUUAAAAUGGCCCACGCACCUCCGGGUCAUCAUUCUGUUAUGGGACGACCUAGCGCUGGAGGAUUAAAUUUCCCAGAAUAUGUAGUCUACAGAGGAGAACAAGCCUAUCCUGAAUACCUAAUUACCUAUCAAAUAGUGAAACCGAAUGAAAACGCCGAAGCGAGAUAAACACUCAAAUCUCGAACCAACUUGAGUAUCAAUUUUCAAACAGCUGAGUUCUAUUUCGGUGCAAUUUACGUAUACAACUGUACCUGAUAAAUUUUAAACGUGUAAUAAUAUGUUAAUUUGUGAUCUUCAAUGGUGAUAUUGUAGCUUGAUUUUGUAAUUUGAUUUUUAAUAAUUUUAACAAAUUGUUAACCUGUGUAUAAUUUUAACUCUGUCGUGAAAACGAAUAUCGCCCCAGCGGCGAUGUGAAGUACUGCGAAUCAAUAAACGAAUAGUAUUACAGAAAUGGAUGCGUGUUUCACUGCCAGUACCGGCAAUAUCCACUGCCAAAGUUGGAUAAAAUAUAUAUGUGUAUAUUGAGCUUGCAUAAAAAGCUGCUUUUUCACCGGUUUAAUCGAUCCAUCGAAAUGCUUUCCAUUUUCUCAUUCAAGUUAUAUUCAUAAUUAUUACCGAUGGUAAUUUGUUUCAUCUUUUUUUUUCUUUCUUUCUUUCUGUCUCUCUUUUUGUUUUUAUUAAAUAAAUGUUUUCGUAAAGUUGAA